GUGGGACACCGGCAGCCUAACUGACUGACUCCUCAUAAUUUCCGCCAUCGGGUUGUUCGGUCUUGCAAAACAUAGAGAUUGAUCGCGGAGUUUUUUUCCCCCUAUCAUCACAUGUCCCAGGCGGUCACGUUGCCUCCGUGACGUUGCUCGAACUCGAAGCCGACUUGUUGCUUCUCGUCCGGCUCAUCCGAUCAUGUCAAAUGCUGCUCAAGCUGAUAGCGAGGAAAUUAAGAGAAUUCCAGCAUGCGACGAAUGUCGACACCACAAGAUCAAGUGCAUAGAUAAAGAUAAACCACCAUGUAAACGGUGUCGAGCGUUUGGCAUCUCAUGCACGUUCGGGGCUAAAUCCCGUAUGGUUCCGUCCGCAAGGACGUCGGUAGACCAUGGAGCAGACGUAUCGGAUCCAAGUCGACUGUCCAGCCUGGAGAACCAGAUGCGAGAUGUCCAUUCAGCGCUGAGAGAUAUCACGAGCCUCCUCCGGGCGCCCGGAGCAGUAGCCAUGGGGAACCAGCGAAUCGGCCCCGAUUCUUUUCACCAACAGAUGUCUGCGCCGAGAUCACUCGACAUUCCUGAUCGAGAUUCCAUGGUCCAUUUUGAAUCGUCCUCUUCAAUCUCAAACCUUGAUAGAAGAGCGCAAUCUGGUCUGAGGGAUUCUCGACCUGACAUCAGCAUCUCACCCGAGGGCUCGACAUCUCAACGACACUCGUCGGUCAAACCUUCGUUGUCUCAGGAACGAGGUCCCUCCAUUGGAUUCAGUCCUCUCGAUCCACCAUCACGAGCUGAGGACUUCUUGGCUGCUGCUGCAACUACUGCCCCGAUGAGUGAGGUUUUGUACGAGGAUGAACAGGCCCGUCUGAGGGAAGAUACAUUACCGGACGAGCAGAGGGGCUCAAGUUCAGACACAUCUCAAGCACAGCCAAAUGAAAAGUCCCAUUUGAGAGGGAGGAAGAGGAAAUUUGCCCGAGAUCCCCAUGAGGACGAACAGGAUCCGUUUGGACCAGGAGGAGCUUUCUCCGAUGAUCCAGACGCUUGGAGCAAAGACCCGAUCGAUCAGGGACUGUGUACCUUGGAAGAAGGGACUUUAUGGUUUCAACGUUUCUUCAAUGGCGCACACAAUUACCUGCCUUUGUUCGACCCACAGCACGACACGUUCGAAAGACUCCGAAAGAGGUCGCCAUUGGCCGUCAGCGUCAUACUCAUGGUAGGACAAAAGACGAGCGAACCAACUGAAGACUCAAAAGCGGUCCAGAUGAGACUGAAGUCGGCCGCGGACAGACUCGCCUCAAUCACCCUCUUUUCACCCGUCUGCUCCAUUGAGCUGGUGUCCGCGACCUUAAUCCUCUCUUGCUGGAGUGAUACUGCCUGGAGACUUGGAAUGCAAGCCUUGGCCAUUGCCGUCGAUCUCGGCAUACACCGGUGUCUGCCGCGACUGGUAGAGACUGGUAUGGGUUCGGGAAAGACUCAAGAGGAGCUGGAGCGGGAGAGACCCUUAGUCGCUGGUGCGCGGGUGUUCAUGGGUAUCUGCAAGACCAUCAUAGAGAUGUGUUUCAACUACGGACGACCCAUACCGUUCCCAUUUGAAUGGACAAUGAAGUCCGCACGGAAGCUGUUAAAUCAUCCCCUUUCAUUAGUGUUCGAUAGCCGACUAGUGAUGGUCAACGAGGUGUAUGCUAUGAGGAUUCCCCUACAUGAACCAUGGACCCUAAAGCCGACGAGCAAGUCCAUGAAUGACUCGUCUAUAGUGGAAGCCAAGACGAGACUGCAAGAGUGGGCCACGUAUUGGCGAGCAUACUACGAGCUUCAGGAAGUGAUGCCGGAUCAUUUCUUGGUUACUGAACUCUUCACAAUCGAAUGCUAUGCAGUAUUGCAGAUUAAUGCAGCCGUCUUGUACGGCGUGCGGGAUAAGGAAGAUGUUUUAGCGCUGACCGUUGAGAGACGAUCAUGGCUAGAAGCUGCGCUUCAAGCAGCUUCUACACUAGUCGCAAGAGUCGCCCGGCGAUCUGAGUUUGAGAAGUUGAAAUAUGCCAAUCGAUUUGCUCAUCUCGGUCUGGUCACUGUCGCUCGCUACUUGAUCCGAUUAGCGUGUCUCAUGCCAGAAGAGAUUGACCUGAGGCGAGCCGCAAAGGACGUCGAGCUAAUGGCUGAAAAGCUCGCCACAAGUAGGAUGCCAUUAGCGGUGCCGGCUGACGAAGACAGUCUCGGAUUUCAGACUCGCGGGCUUCCUCCGCAGUAUCGUCAAUAAAGCUAGAGAGCAAUCUCAAUUACCUCCUGGUUCUCGGAUAGGAACUCCAAGCCGCGAUAUGAGCUUGCAUAUGACGCGAGAGUCUGAAGGUGAUCAUUCUCGGGGCAACGCUCUGGAUUCUUCAGGAGACCCAGGUGCCAUGUAUUAUGCCAAUCAAGAGGGCAUCCCAUCUCUUGACGGUCUCAAUUGGGCUUUCCUCCAAGCUGAUGAUCUGUUCUCUUCACAAUCUUGGAUGGAGACAUCGGAACAAUCGUUGGAUCCGAAUGUUUGGUCACAUUCGUUGCCGUUAGGACCAGAGUUUGCCACUGGAUCUCUCCAGGACACGUCAAUGCCUGGGAACGGAUACUGGGGAGGGGCAGAUACCCCGUUCUGGGAAAAAUAGACAUUACA